AGAACAUCCUUCGUUGAUGAUAUAGUCAUUGAAAGAUCAUAUAAUGGAGAUCAACAUACCGACGGCGUCUCCUUUUUUUACAGGCAUACCAAAUCAAAUUAUGUAUUGUAUUUCCACGCCAAAUUUACAAUCAUGGAAUGCAAGUAAUAUGUACAACAAUAAUGAUCAACAAAAGAAACCUGAGAAUGCAUCAAUCCAACCAGUAGUAAAUGCUCAAAAUCAAGGUCCAGCACAGUAUUAUUAUGGGAAUGGAAACACAGCAAUUGCACAAAACGUUCAAACAUUCAACCAGAAUUAUCCUUCAGCUAAUAUUCAGCCAGCAAGCAAUGAUACAUUAAAGGUCAAUUCUGUGAGUUUUCCAGAUGAUCAGAACAAAAAUCAGCAACAAGAAAGAGAAAAUCGUUUUUUCAACGAUGAAGGCAGAGCUUUCGAAUGUGCAGUGUGUCAGAAGAAAUUUCGACAAAAAGGAACGCUCGUCCAGCAUGAAAGAAUUCAUUUAGACUUAAAACCAUUCUCUUGUGACUAUCCAUCAUGUGGCAAACGGUUUCGUCAAAAAGCAAUUUUAAAUCAACAUACUAGAAUCCAUAGUGGUAAGCUUGUGUUCAUUAAACAAGUAUUGCAGAUGAUUAAUGGAGAGAUUCUCGUAGAUGCUUCUUCGCAGUUGGUUUAUCGAAACCUUGGCAAUAAUAGUGGAACUUUAUGGCCCCAAAAUGUCCCUUAUCCCGACGAAAUUCAUAAUGAGAAGAAUCAGGAUGUGAAAGAUUCGUUAUCACAACUUACUGCCCACUCAGUAUUUGGAAACUUACAAAACGGGGAUAGUCCGGAAGACAUCAAAAAUGGAAAGAAUGCAAUGCCUUUAUAUGUAAGGUGUCCAAUAUGUCAGCAAGAAUUUAAGCAAAAAUCAACUCUCGUACAGAGAGGAUGUAUUCACAUUGAGAAUAGACCCUACAGCUGUAUGGUUGUUAAUUGUGGUAGAAGAUUUCGCCAGCAGUCACAUUUACAACAACAUAAUCGAAUUCAUCUCCAACAAAAACCAUACAAAUGUCCCUACAAUGAAUGCCAAAAGUUUUUUCGUCAACAGACCAUUCUUAACCAGCACAUUCGAGUUCACACUGGAGCAAAACCCUAUAAAUGCAAAAAUUGCUUCAAAGAGUUUCGACAGCAAGCAAUACUUUCUCAGCAUGAAAAGUCGCACAUGUCAAGUACACUUGGAUGUCCAUUAACUAAUUGCAAGCGACGUUUUGUAACAGAAAAUGAUUUAAGAAAGCAUAUCGAGCAGCAUAUGAAUCCAGGAAAGUCAAAGAAACAGUCAACUACUAAAAGUAAUAAUAAUGACUAUAAACCUGACGUAACUUUCACUCAUCAUCAAGCAUAUCCCCCACUUUAUUUCAAUCCAGCAACCACAAUUCAUCAACCUAAGAAUUAG